UUUCAAAACGCCAGCGUUUUAGAAGUGCCCAUCCCAACCGUUCAUUCCCAUCUAUUUUUCUUUUCACUCCUUGAGAGAGAGACGCUCCUGCUUCCACGAAUCCCUUUCUUCAAUCUCCGUCGUUUUGGGCAAUUUUUCACCAAAAAAAGGACCGCAAGGAGAAGGAAAAAAACAGAGGAAGGUCGAUGGUGAUGAUGAUGGCGGCGGCAGUGAGACGAGGUUCAGAAGCCUUUUUUAUUGGGUCCCAGAUUCAGCAAUGCCAAAUGAAAAUAAUGGGUAUGAUUCUUCUUCUAUCUCCAACCACUCCAUCACUGUUGUCUAGCAACCACUCCAACUCCAUUUCUUCUUCUACCUGUAGCAGCAGCAGCAGCAGCAGCAGUCGUAACCGUAGAGAUAAACGCAAACACGGUGAUGCUUGCUCUUUUAGAAACAUUGAUGAUGCCCUUGCUUCUUUCAAUCACAUGCUUCAUAGGAAACCCCUGCCUUGUAUUAUCCAAUUCACUAAAUUAUUGUCUGCAAUUGUCAAAAUGGGACAGUAUUACGAUACUGUGAUUUCUCUUACCAAACAAAUGGAAUUAGCUGGGCUCUCUCCUAAUAUUUAUACUCUUUCUAUCUUGAUCAAUUGCUUCUCCCACUUGCAACGUGUUGAUCUUGCCUUCUCUGUCUUAGCCAAAAUCAUUAAACUUGGUCUUCAACCCACUAUCGUCACAUUUACCACCUUAAUCAAUUGGCUCUGUAAAGUGGGUAAAUUUGCCCAGGCCAUGGAAUUAUUUGAUGACAUGGUGGCAAGAGGGUGUCGACCUGAUGUCUACACUUAUACUACGAUUAUCAAUGGCUUAUGUAAGAUCGGGGAAACUGCUGCGGCUGCUGGAUUGCUUAAGAAAAUGGAAGAGGCAAGCUGCCAGCCGAAUGUGGUGACAUACAGUACAAUCAUUGACAGUCAUCGCAAAGAUAGGCGGGUGAAUGAGGCUUUAGAUAUCUUCUCUUAUAUGAAGGUUAAAGGCAUUUCCCCUGAUAUUUUCACUUACAACUCUUUGAUCCAGGGCUUAUGCAAUUUCAGCCAAUGGAAGGAGGCUUCGGCAUUGCUAAAUGAAAUGAGGAGUUUGAAUAUCAUGCCAGAUAUUGUCACCUUCAACGUGCUAGUUGAUACAAUUUGCAAAGAAGGCAAGGUUUCAGAGGCUCAAGGUGUGUUAAAAACAAUGACUGAAAUGGGUGUGGAGCCUGAUGUUGUUACGUACAGUUCAUUGAUGUAUGGAUAUUCCUUGCGGUCGGAAGUUGUUGAAGCUAGAAAGUUGUUUGAUGCCAUGAUAACCAAGGGUUGUAAACCUGAUGUGUUUAGUUAUAACAUCUUAAUUAAUGGAUAUUGUAAGGUGAAAAGGAUAGAUGAGGCCAAACAGCUUUUUAACGAAAUGAUUCAUCAAGGCUUAACUCCAAACAAUGUUAGUUACAACACUCUUAUUCAUGGCUUGUGCCAGUUAGGCAGUCUUAGGGAAGCACACAAUCUUUUCAAGAAUAUGCACACUAGUGGCAACCUCCCAAAUCUAUUUACUUACUCAAUAUUGCUUGAUGGUUUUUGCAAACAAGGGUAUUUUGCUAAGGCAUUCAGACUGUUUCAAGCAAUGCAAAGUACUUACUCGAAGCCUAAUCUGGUGAUGUAUAACAUCCUGAUUGAUGCCAUGUGCAAAUCCGGGAACCUUAGAGAUGCAAGGAAACUGUUUUCAGAACUCUUUGUCAAAGGGUUGCAGCCUAAUGCUCAGAUAUACACUACAAUAAUAAAUGGACUUUGUAAAGAAGGAUUGUUAGAUGAAGCAUUGGAAGCUUUCCGAAAUAUGGAAGAGGAUGGCUGCCCUCCAGAUGAAAUUUCUUAUAACGUUAUUAUUCGAGGUUUUCUCCAUCACAAGGAUGAAUCAAGGGCAGUGCAACUUAUUGGAGAAAUGAGAGACAAAGGUUUCAUUGCAGAUGUGGGGACCACAGCUUGGUAGAAGAUCUGUCUUCUAAUGAAGACAAUCUUGUUCUGAAGAAGUAUCGAGGCUAACAUGAAGUUCGUCAAGGUUAAAAGUAUUUGAAAUUUGCGAAUAUAUUGGUGGGUACUGGACAACCUGUGGAGGCUCAAUUUUUCUCAACAAUUUGGAAAGCAAGUAUAGUGCUUAUUGGAUACUGCCUGGGCUAAUUUAUCUACAUUACACAAAAAACUAAAUGGGCUCAUGGUUUCACUAUACACCCAGAGACAGAAUCACUGUGGAUUCAAAUAGUGGCUGGCUUCCUCAAUUUUUCUUCUCUUUCAUGGGUGUCUUCUUCUUGAAGCGGAGCCUGCUUGCAACUUGUGCUUUUCGAGGACUGGGUUUUUUGGGGAUUGUGUGCAGCUCCUCGAUUCCUAGGGCUGCUUAUUUAAUUGGGUUUUUUGGGAUUGUGUGCAGCUCCUUGAUUCCUGCGGCUGCUUAGUUUUCUUUGAUUUGACGUGGGACUGGGGGUUCUACACUGCCCUGUGAUAGUUAGGUUGUUCUGUGUUUUGUCCUUUUUUUCAGCACAGUAGGGUCUUGCCAUUGGGACAAUGAAGAAAAGGGAGGAAAAAAAACAUUGCAAGCAUGCUCCCAAGUCACCCAAAGAAGAGAAGUGAAUCGAGGGGAAAAAACUCAUUAUAUUGUGUGAAUCCACAGCAACAAGGAGUCUAUGUAUAUAGUUUGGUUAAGAGAAGAGUAGAGAGGGUGGUUGGAUUCAGGAAUGCCUCAACAACCAGGGAGAGCCGUUAAUCAGAAGGGGCCAAUGGUUUAGGGUUUGUGAUUUGUUUUAAAAUUGGGAAUUGGGGUUUCCCUGAUUUGGAACAACACAGCAAGCAGUGGUAGCCAUCACAGAUUUUCUUGAUCAGGCCAUUAAUGAUUUGGAGACAGAGAAGUUCUUGACUGUGGAUUUCAUCCCCUGACUUUUGGAACACACCUCCGUGCCGUUUCUUUUCAGUGUUUAUACAGGUUGUCAUUUGUUGUGUAUUCUCCUUGGGGUUUUAGAUACCCUUUUGUGGGGGCCUGGUUCUUUUUCUGUUGAUGAACAAGGUUAAUAUUUGUAAUCUCCUUCAUGUUUUUGAAGUUCUUUUGUUCGGGCCUGGUGUGUUUUUAGAUUCGGAACGAGGUAAUUUGUUAAACACACAGCUUUCUAGGCAUUUAUUACAAGCUUCCAAAUCCCACACUUUUCUGCUUAAAAUGCAGCUUGAGUUGGUUUAUCAAAUCGUUUUAUGACCUGUCCAUUCAAUAGUUGUGAUUUAUGAUUUUUUUGUUAGUGAAAUGAAGGGAAAGAUUUCUGAAUUCAUGGCCAUGUACCAAAAUUUGGAUAGUUUUUGUUCUACUUGCGAUACUUAUCUAAAUGAGUUAAGUAAAAGUACACUAGGGUUGCUUGGUUGGGUCAUCAUGCUACUCAUAGGGAAUAAAAUGCAAGCAACCAAUCAUUUUUGUAAUUCUUUUACGAUUUCCACCAAAAUGGCAAGACAGUCCACGAAUGCUAAACAUUGAUGUGAAAAUAAGAUUGCUUUAUAUUUUAAGAAUGGUCAAGUCAUCUUUUUUACUUGCACCAUUCUUUUUGUUUUCUUUCCAAAAAAGAUUGUUAGCAUGUUCAAGUAAAUUGGAACAACACUAUUUCUGUGAUCUGUCCAUAAAUUUAUGAGGAUGACAGAGUCAUAUCGAAUUCCUAGAAGAAGCAUGCACAGCAUGGAUAUGAAAAUUUCAGCUUGCUACAUUGGAUGUGCUAAAUUAACCAUCUUCUUUAUCUGCAUACUUUCUUAAUCCCUCCGGGUUUUUUAUGUUAUGCAGGCUUUUUAAGUUUUGUUAGAAAAUCUCAGCUAUUUGACCUUAAUUCCUAUGCGAUAGUUCCUCUAAUAAAUGUUCUAUUGAUUGCUGAUCCUUCUUUUCUUAAUGAUUUGUUGAAGAAUUUGAUGCCAUGGAAUAUAUUCCUUACAUUUUUCUCUCUCUUCUAAAUGGAGCUUCAAUACAGGUAAGAUAGGGAAGAAGACAAUGCAACGUUCAAUGCUGAUAGCUCAUCGGGAGAUGAUGCCUCAUUCCAGACAAAGGAGGUGGCAGUGUUGGCCAGCUGGUUUGCUUAAAAUGCCUAAAUAGCUUCUCUUUUUCCAUUCCUUUUUUCCCUCUCUCGUGUGGAUUGUUUUCCCUUUUUCUUCUGCAUGUCUUUUUUUUCCCUAUCAAUCAUUGACUAUUUUUCCUUAGCCCGUAGUGGAGUGCAGGCAUUAGACUAGUAUAUACUAUGCUAUCAUGGAAAUAUUUUUUGGGUUGUCCACUUGCUGUGACAAGAUGAAAUAUGAAAGAAAUUUGUGUUUCUAGUGCAGUGGGUAUUAGAUACCACGUGGUCCUUUUGCUUAGCCAUUCUCUUUUUGGCUUGUUGCAAUUAACUUAUUUUAUCCUUAAUGAUCCCAUUUAUCAAAAAAGAAAAAAAAAAGCUAACUAAAUAUAUAUUAUAGCCUAUAGUGUAAUUCUAAUAGAAAAGGUGAAACCAUUGAUAUUGAAAAUUGGCUUACCUAAAAGAUGAUAAUGAUCUACUGUUACUAGCCAUGCCGUGAUGAAAAUUAUGAGUAACGAUUCCUUUGAGAGUUCAUGUUGUUGUAAUGUAUAAUGUGAUGCAAGCUUUGUAUUUGGUUCUGGAUGAUUCUUUCAUGUCUUGUAUUCCAAUAUCUUGCAGAUACCAAGAACAGUUACAGGUGACCAUAAAGGAUCUCCUGCAACUCUUAGAAAAGGCAGGAUGGUGUUGAGAGAUGAUGAUUUUCCAAUGGAUAGCUCAUGGCAAGCCACAAGAAGCAUGUCUCUUUCUCGUAGCUGUAAAUUUGGGGUAAGGUUACCAAUUAUAUGCCGCAGGCAGUCUCAGUCACAGCCUUGGUAUCUAUGGUCAGCUUGCACAGCCGUGUACAGCGUUGUUCUUGAACUGAAAGAAAGCCAAGUACUGUUUUCUUCAUGAAGCUUUUCACGAUAACGAUCCUGAGGAUGUAUCAGACAAGACAUUGGAAAAUAACAGCAGUUUGAGCUCAGUCAAAGAGGAGACCCGUUCUCGAACCCAGAACAUUUUUUUGUUUAUUGUGGCCAUCUUUUCUUCAUGAUGAUUUUCACUCAAUCAUUAAAUAACAAUUAUUAAACAAGGAAAGGAAAAUCUGCUAUGCAAUUUGAUCAGUUUAAUAAAAUUAGCAUAAGAAUUGAGAUACAAA